UGCCCCGGAAGAGAAGCAGCCAUGUUGCUGAAUGACCCCGAGAGCAGUGCCGGGAGUGGGAAGAGGUGGGGUCUGAGACCCUGAAACGGGACGAUCUUCUCCGUGAAGUUUGCCCUCCCUUCACUCAUCCUCCAUGGCAGCGUGGACCCGUGAAGCAGUUCUGAACUUAUAUCGCGCUCUACUGCGUCAGGGACGCAACCUACGCUAUACUGAUCGUGAUUACUACUUCGCCUCAAUCCGGCGGGAGUUCCGCAAGAACCAGCAGCUUGAACAGCUCAAAGAUAAGGAGAGACAGCUGGAAAAGGGCCAGCUUUUCUUGCGAAGCAAACUUGGGGGGUUGAUUUAG